AUGGGCCGGCCACUAAUGAAAGUUUGUGCAGUGGGUGGGAAUGCGAUUUCGGCUUUCUUGUCAUGGCGCCUGCAGGCUACGACUUCCUGCGACGUAACGCUGGUUUGGAAAUCUGGGUUCGAUGCGGUGGCCCAAUAUGGUGUUUCGUUCAAGUAUGUCUGCGCCCGUAGUCGCUUGCUGCCUGCGAGGACUGGUUCACUGACACCUGGGUUCUGGGAUAGAUCAAAAGCAUUCGGUAAUGAGCGAUUCAAACCUCGUCAUGUCGUCCGAACACCUGAAGAAGCUUCCUCCCGUGAAAACGCCUACGACUAUGUGAUUCUUUGCGUGAAAGCAUUGCCCGAUAUCUACGAUUUGGCCUCGGUCAUCGAAUCCGUCGUCACACCCCAGCACACAUGCAUUCUGGUAAACACAACGAAUACCAUCGGAAUUGAGGCCCAUCUGGAGCAACGGUACCCUACCAACGUGAUUCUUUCGCUAGUCUCCAACGUGGAGAUCUCUCAGACGGGCCCCAGCGACUUCGAGCACUUGAGUUCUAGCGAGAUCCAUGUGGGCGCAACCAACACGCAAUCCGCCAUUCCCACCUCCAUCCAGAACGACAUGGCCGCGGCAUUGGCGAUGACUCUGAACUCUGGACAGGUCGAUUGUCACGUAUCGCCGAAUAUUCGACAGGAACAGUUCGACCGGAUGAUUGGCCCGAUCGCGUUCCACCCGGCAAGUGUAGUAUUCGAGACUCCUAACCACACACAGCUCCUGGAGAAAGUCGGAGUCCGCCAACUAGUGACUGGAAUUAUCGACGAGCUCUUGGAGCUGGCUCGAGUGCAGGGCUGCAACUUUCCCGGUGAUUUCCGCGAAAAGACGAUCGAGAAGAUGACCGCAUCAGACGCUCCCAGCACCAUGUACCAAGACUUCCAAGCCCGACGCCCCUUGGAAAUCGAGACAUUUUUGGGAUCUCCCAUUAAACUAGCGACCGAGUCCAACGUGUCCGUCCCUCACAUCGAAGCUUUAUACGCCAUGCUCCACCAUAUCAAUACUGUGAACCAGAACCGGCCCCGACCAGGCGAUUCCCCGCCCGCAUCGGUCAUGGGUCACCCCCCACCCCGAAUGUCCUCCGCACCUCCUCCACAGCGCCCACCGAUGAAUGGCGCGAUGCGAUCGAGUCGGACCCAUUCGAGUAUGGGCGGACCCCCUCCUGGCCAGCGACGGGGUCCGCCCUCUGGCAUGAUGCCUCGAGGACCCAGUGGGCCUAUGCCGAUGGGCCCCCAGGGCCGAGGCAUUUCCCGAGACGCUUCAUUGGAAGGACUCGAGGAGUUCAGCCAUUUGGUGCUCUACGAUGAAUCGGAAGGUGGAACGCCCAUGCCCCAGGCAAACGGCAAUGGUUAUACGGAUGCGGCCUCUUCUCCUAGUGAUAUAGCCCUACGGGAACGCGAGUUGGCUCUGCGCCAGCGUGAAUUGCAAUUACGGGAACAGGAGAUGAGCAUGCGGAGAGGCCCUGGACCAGGCCCAGGUCGUCGUGGGCCACCACCUCGGGCACCAGCUUCGGCCUUUGACGAAGAGGAUGAGGACUAUUUCGACCCAAUGGACAACAUGGCAAUUCCUCAUAUCGAUCCCGAUCAAGUUGAUAUGAUGAGCAUCACGUCACGCCGAGCCCGGAAGGCACCCAACCCCAGUCAGAUCCGUAAGAACCCUGAGAUGAUGGGCGGUGGUCAUAUGCCUCAGAGUCGACCUGGGUCAUCGUUUGGUCGCUACUUCGGUCGGAAACGCGCGAGCGAUCGAGUGAUGCAAGAAAUCCCAGGCCUCCAUGACUCGCUCAUGGACAACCCGAUGAUGAGCUACUCGUCGAAUCGAUACGGAGCCGUUGACCGCAACCAGAUGGGCAUCGACUCACGGGCCAACUCUCUAACGGCCAGUCAUAUGGGCGAUUACCCUCCCCGACCGUACCCUCAGAGCCGGCGAAACAGCCAGUCCCCCGCGGCACCAUUCCCUGGACCCCCGGCCCAUCUCGUAUGGGUCGUCCCAUGA